GUGCCUGCCUUAAAAGAAGACAUGGGUAGGAACAGGAGUGAUGGUCGUAUUCCGCAAGGACACUCCGUAGCGUGGACGAUGAUUGGUCUACUCUGCGUGGUCGGCACUGUGCUAUCUUUAGCCUGGAUUAAGCUACUGAUGUCCUACGCGUCCUCUAUGAUUAGGGUCGCGCUCUGGCUUAAUGUAGGCAUGGUGUUGGCCUUCGCUGUGUCCACCUUCUCGGUCAACGUAUGGGCUGCUCUGUUCUUCCUGUUCAUGGCUGCUAUCAACGUGUGGUACAUCUACGCAGUCCAGAACCGGAUCGGCUUCGCAUCGGCCAAUUUAAAGGCAGCCUGUGCAGGUUUAAAACAGCACUCGGCCGUGUUCGUGGUGGCCUUCGUCCUAGUAUUGCAACAACUCGUCUGGAUGUUCCUAUGGGGCGUCGCUAGUUUAGGAAUGCACAAGCUCUUCGUCGAGGCAGACCCUAAUUGUGACCGAGAGAUCGAUCUCGCCAGUCGCGGCCGUAACCACGGAGGCCUCUGUGUCGGUCUACCGGCCUAUGCUGCUCUGUUCUACAUGCUGGUGAGUGUGUACUGGGGACAGCAAGUGCUGCAGAAUAUCCUGACCUGUACGACAGCUGGUGUGGUCGCGACGUGGUGGUACCAGCCUAACGCUCAGAAGGCGACGGUGGGGGCGCUCUACCGCUCCGUGACGACGAGUUUCGGCUCCAUUUGCUUCGGUUCAUUGAUUGUGGCAGUUCUCCAGGCUUUGAGGACUAUGGCGGACAUGGCUAAACGCCGUGCAAGUGAAGAGAACAAUGGAGGACUCGCCUGUCUGGCCUGUAUGGCUGAGUGUAUCUUGAGCUGCUUGGCGAACAUCGUGGAGUACAUGAACCACUGGGCCUACGUCUACGUUGGUGUGUACGGCUACCCGUUCCGCACUAGUGGCAAAGCUGUGAUGGAUUUAUUCAACAAUCGCGGGUGGACGGCAGUGAUCAACGACGAUUUGACGUCGAGUGCUCUUUCCUUUGGAGCUUUUGGGGUUGGAGUCGUCACUUGUUGCGUUGGAUUGUUGAUGGUACGUUUCUCGCCAGUGGAAUGGUUCACUGCGCUGGGCUCUCGCAUGGGCGUGUACGGCACGAUGGCUCUCAUUGGCUUCAUGGUUGGACUGAGCAUGGCAUUGAUCUUGGCUCACGUGAUCAUUGCGGCGCUACACACCAUUUUCGUUUGCUUUGCUGAGGACCCUGUUGCGUUCAACCGCAACCACCCGAAGGAAUACGAAGAGCUGGUCGCUGGCUGGCGCCAGUUCCACGGCGACGCGUUGCUAUCCGCUUAUGGUGGUUCCGUCUAAAUGCUCCAGUGCUUAAGGCGCAAGGGACUCGAUAUAUUGAGGUUGACACGGAACACAAGAAGUAAUAAACCUUGAAUCUAUAAUUUGUAUGCGUCCUGCGAUCAUGCCGUCAA